AUGGCGGCCCAGGACCCGCCCGGCGACGGCGACCCGUUCCCUCUGCUGCACCUCGCCGACCUCGACUUCGCGUUCGCCGCGUCGACACUCGCCGACCUCGCAGCGUACCAGCUCGCACUCGCGCCAUGGAGCACAAGCUGGGACGACUCGAUGGCUGCCGCCCUCAAGCGCACCUGGCGCAGGCGCAGGGAAAAGGCCCGCCCGCUCAUCACGGCCCGUGAGCCCAUGGGCAUCCAUGCACCCCUCGACCUCCAGCAGCGCGACCAGUUCCCGCGCUUCGAGUGCGUCGACCUCGCCUUCGACCUCGACCCGGCCUCCGUCAACCUCGACCACCUCUCGAGCGCCCAGCUCGCCGCCGUCCAGUUCCACCCGGCAGCGACAGCCGAGCUCGUCAUGGCCGCCGAGGACGCCUUUUUCACCAGGCGCGAGCGCGACUUUGCCGCCGGCCUGUCGCUCGCUCCCUUUCCUCCCUCCGCCUCGACCUCGUCGACGCCCGCCGCACCAGCGCCCGUCGCCGCCGCACCUUCACCUACACCGCUCGCGUCUGCUCCAUCCUCGACGACGGCCGUGCCGCCCGCCGCCGCCGACUCGACCCUCCCCUCUCUUCCCGCUCGCGCCCCGACCACCUCGCGCCUUCCCCCACGCCCAGUCGCUCCUCCUUCUAUCCCUCCCACCUCCUGCACGCCGCCGGGCGCAGCCCCUCGCGCAGCAGCCGCGAGCGCGCCCCUCGACCCUUCCCUCGUUCGCCCAGUCGCCGGCUCAUCGUCCGCGUCGACCGCGAGCACGAGCUCGAGGCUGCCUGCCCUCGUCAAGCCGCCCGCGCUCGCGCCACCGGUCGUCGCGCAGCCGCAGCCGUCGAGUGCAGCGUCGGCGUCAGCGUCGGGCCCAGCGUCGAGGGCGCCGACGACUGCAGCGAGCGGGGCGAGCACGAGGGACGGCCCUGCGCGUGCUGGCGAACGCGAGCGGGCGAGGGACGACGAGCCGAGGCGGGACCGCGCACGCUCUCGCUCUCGCGACCGCGACUACGACGCCGCACGCUCGCGCGACCGGGCCUCGUCGAGCCGCCGCUCGGAGCGCGACCGGGGCCGCGAGCGGUCCCUGUCGCCGGGUACGGCGCAGCGCGAGCGCGAGCGCGCAGCGUACAAGGAGGCCAAGGCGGCUCGUGAGCGCGAGGACGAGGAGCGCGAGCGUGAGCGCGAGCGUGGCGGGCGCAGGAGGAGGAGCCGCGACGAGGAGGGCGAGGAGGGCGAGGAGGUCCGGCGGGCGAGGGAGAGGAGCUCGGGCAGGAGCAGCAGAGAGAGGGAGACGAGCAGGAGGGCCGAGCGCGGUCGAGACGAGCGCGACGAGCGCGAGCGCGCCUCAGGCUCGAAGCCGUCGUCGUCGCGCGCCUACUCGUGCGCCCGCUCGCGGUCGCGGUCGCGGUCGCCCGCCACGCGCCGCGACUCGGGCCACGAGUCGUCCUUCGUCGCGCUCGGGUCGGCAAGCCGCAAGCGCGCCGUGAGCCCGGCGCGCUCGGACUACUCGCACGCGUCGUCGGCGGUCCUGCGCAGCUCGACCCGCCGCCGCCUCGACGACGCCGACCACGCCUCGACGCCUGCCCGUGUGGCGACGCCGCCGACGGGCCCGCGCAGGCAGACGCCGCCGCCCAGCAUGCCGCGCCCGUCCGAGUCGGUCCCGAUCGAGCUCCUCUCGCGCCUGCACACCGUCUUCCUGCGCCACCUCCCGGGCCGUCUCUCGGCGACCGACAUCGCCGACUUUGUGCGCCACGGCGCGCCGACGACCCGGGCCGACCCGGUCGCGAUCAAGUGCCACUCGCGGCCCAACCAGGACUUUGGGCAGGCGGGCGAGGCCGGCCUCGAGCCCGACGUGACGCUCGCGUUCGUCAUGUACGACGAGGGCGACGUUGAGAGCGCGCGCGAGCUCAUCCGCCGCACCGACCACGCGAGGUUCCGCGGCCGCAAGAUCACGUCGAGCGUCGGGGCCGAGCAGACGACGAGUUCGUGGCGCUGGAGCGACUUCAAGCCGUCUUUCGUCGACGCCCACCACCGCCAGCAGCUCGACGCGCACGCCGCUCGGCACACCCCGUCGACUUACGCCCACGCGUCCUCGGCGUCGUCCUCGUCGAGCGUUCUCGCCAACCGCAUCGCGACGCCGCACCUGCAGCCUGUCGUCGACGACCGGGCACCACCGCCUCACCUCGCCGGCGUGCCGCACGCCGCACCCUCGGCGGGUCCGAGCGCUGACGGCGGCGGGGCAGGUCGUCGAGCGAGCACGGCGGCACCUCUUCCGCCGCACACGCCGCUGCCGUCGCACCUGCUCGCGGCCCUGUCGACCCUGUACGUCAGCAACGUCGCGGCCGACACGACGCUCGGCGAGUGCAGGGAUUUUUUCGACCCGUGCGUCGGUCUCGUCGGCCUGAGCCUGAGCGAGGUCUCGUCGUCGUUGCGCGCGCUCCGGUUCCGCGACGCGUGGCUCGCGUUCGAGACGCAGCGCGAGCGCGAUCGUGCGCGGCAUGAGCUCAUGGGCGGCAAGUACCCGGGCGCGCCGGUCAAGCUGUGGGUCGAGCUGGCGGAGAUGCGCGCGAGGAAUCAGGGCGAGGAGCACGAGUGGCUUUGGAGCGAGAUGAGCAAGGACUACCGCUCGACGCACCUGUCCGACUACGAGGCGGCGUGCCGCGGCACCGCUGGCGACGCAGCAGGAGACGGGGCCAGCUCCCGCAGCGACUACUCGGCGUCGAACCCGCCAACGCCUCGGCUCCAGCAGCAGCAGCAGCAGCCGCAAGCCUCGCCGACGGUCGAUCGUCGCCGCCGGCCGUCACAGCAGCACACCGGGACCGACCCGCCUACAGCGCCCGCCGCCCUGCGCUUCUUCCCCGCCGGGCAGCCUCGCCCGCCGUCGGGCAUCCUCGACCCGUUCGUGUCGGCGUCGUCGUCGUCGUCGAUCAGCAGCGGGCCGGCUGGACCGCCUUCGCGCCUGGCGGCGCUCGCCCCGGGUGCACCUCCUCCUCUCGACGCCUACUCGCCGCUCGCGCCCAUCCUUCCCUUCAGCACCUUCUCAACCUCGCACUCGCCGCACCUGCUCGCCCACACGCCCUCGCACCCGCCGCAGCAGCAGCAGUCGUCGUCGGCCCCGGCGUCUCGCCCGUCGACCGGCGUUCCUCGUCCAGGCCCGCAAACCGUCUCCGGUACGGGCCCAAGCGUCCACCCGACCGACUCGGCGCUCAUGCGCCCGCCCUCGGCACCUGCGACGGCGCCGGCGCCGGCGCCGAGCGCGCCACGCGGGACCGGGUUCAUGGACCCCGCUCGGGCCGCGCUCCUCGCGAGCUCGGGCGCAGCUGGGGCGGGAGGGCUAGUCAACGAGCCGAUGCAGCUCGACGGCGACGUCGACGAGCGCGGCGGCGGCGGUGAGCGGCGGCCGACGGCGGCAGAGGAGAAGGCGCGCGCAGAGGAGGCGGCGCGCAGCGCGUGGGGCGCGAGGAGGGGCGGCGCAGCGGCGUUCGGCGCACAAGUGCAGCAUGACGGAGCGCAGUCGCCGGAGAACGGGCAGCAGGGGCAGCAGGACGACGCCGGGCGGCCUCGCGCCUUCAGCCUCGGCAUCAAGGGCCGCGCAGGCUCGUCCAGCGGCGGCACGAGCGCCGGGACCCGCUCACCGGCGGCUGUGCCGUCGACGGCUCUCGACGCCGCGCCUGUGCCUGCGCCGUCGGCCGUCGCUCUCGCCGCCGACGCGCCCGCCACCGACGCGCCCGCCGCCGACGCCGAGGCGGCCAACGUGGCGCCGAGCAUCUCGGCGAGCGCGCUCGAGGCGCUCGGCGCGGCGCUCAAGCUGCAGGGGCUUCCGGACAUGGGCGACGGUGCGUCGAAUGGUGCUGGGGAGGGCCCGGGAGAGGCGCCCUGA